AAGAGAGAAGGAAUGCUGCAGACCGCUGUAGUGACCAAAGAAUUGACCAGCACCACGGAAAUGAUGAUGGGGCGAUUUGAGAGGGACGCCUUUGAUACUUUGCUGGAUCAUGCGCCUGACAAGCUCAAUGUUGUAAAAACGUCUCUCAUCACCUUCGUAAACAAACACCUGAACAAGCUGAACUUGGAGGUUACUGAGCUGGAAUCUCAGUUUGCUGAUGGGGUGUACCUGAUUUUGCUGAUGGGGCUGCUGGAAGACUAUUUUGUCCCUCUCUACAACUUCUUCCUCACCCCUGAAAGCUUUGAGCAGAAGGUCCACAAUGUGGCAUUUGCCUUUGAGCUGAUGCAGGACGGAGGCCUGAAGAAACCCAAAGCAAGACCAGAAGAUGUGGUCAACUUGAACCUUAAAUCUACCCUCAGAGUCCUCUACAACCUGUUCACCAACUACAAAAACUCUGACUGAACCUGGUUGCCUGACAUUACUCUGAACGACGACAUUACUCUGAACACACAACAUCAUCACAGUGUGGACACUGGAGGAGACCGCCUGGGACUCAGAGACAUCAUCAUUAUCUGCCAGCCCGAAAACACGACCCCCAGAGGACCGGACAGAAUAAGGCUCCGAAGGUUCUGCUUCGAUCAUUUCCAAAUGUCGGUAUUUAUUUAUGCCUUCCUCGAAAGUUAUCCGCAACGCAAGAAGCAGCGUGACCUUUAGCUUUGCAUCUGAAUGCAGCCAUCAUGGGAAAAUGAUGACGCUGGAAAAUGUGUGUUUAAGUGAACUAAUUGCCUUCAGUGCCCAAAGUUUUUCAGGUAUUUCCAAAGGUUUCAGAACUAGCCUAAUUAUGCAUUUUUUAAUAAAUGGACAAUAAAUUGAUUUUUUUGUUGUAAAAAUGCUUUUUUGUUGCAAACAAAGCCAGAAGCUGGUUAGGACUGCUUGCUCUACUUUAUCUUUACUUGUAUUUCAUUAGCCAAUGCAAAACAGAACUCCGAGAGUUGCAGUUGGUUGAACACUUGUACUUAUAAAUGUGGUAUAAAAUUACCUGAUUGUAAUAAAUUUCAUUUAAAACUCCUAUUUAAAUAAAAACAGUUCAAACAAGUCAA